CUUUCUUCUGCAGCACCUGUUAGUGCAGAUCCCUGUGCUUUGGAAUUCACUUGUUUAUGAGGGAGUCUUUCACACUCACACAAUCACAGCUCUAUGACGGUGCGUAAAGGAAAAAAGCUCACCAUCUCCAUCCAGGAACACAUGGCCAUAGACGUCUGUCCAGGCCCCAUUCGACCAAUUAGACAGAUAUCUGCCUAUUUCCCUCGACUCUCGCCGACCGCUGAGUCCGUCUCACCAAACCCUUCUGCAUUGGCUCUCAGCCCGGGAGGUGGGGCAUCUGGAGGAACAAGUGGAGGUCUCUUGUCCCCUCUGUCGGCAGGGGCAAGGGGUGGGGGCGGGACUCUGUCAGCAGCAAGCAGCAUUGAGACCUCAGUGGACAUCUGCAGUUCAGACAGUGAUGACUGUACUGCACUGGGUACAUUAGAGUUUGAACUGAGGUAUGAGAGGGCAACCAGUUCACUUCACUGUAACAUCAUCAGAGCCAAGGGUCUGAAACCUAUGGAUUUCAAUGGCCUGGCAGAUCCUUAUGUUAAACUUCAUCUUCUCCCAGGAGCAUGCAAGGCAAAUAAACUGAAAACCAAAACGGUUCGUAAUUCUUUAAAUCCUGUUUGGAAUGAGAUCCUCACUUACAUAGGUAUCACAGAAGAGGAUAUGCACAGGAAGACCCUGAGGUUAUCAGUGUGCGAUGAGGAUAAACUGACUCAUAAUGAGUUCAUCGGAGAGUCUCGCGUGGCCCUGAGACGUGUGAAACCAGACCAGACGAAACGUUUCUACACCUGUCUAGAGCAUCCACCACCUCUUCCCUCGCCUACAGCAAUGGGAGCAGCCCUGCGAGGGAUUUCCUGUUACCUAAGAGAGUGGGAGAAUGAACAGUUGACCAGUUUGGAAGAAAGAGGCCGCAUGUUGCUGUCCUUGCAGUUUCUUACCCCACCUGAAGAGGGAGACGGAGAGGGUCGGCGAGGGGGCUUGUGUGUGGGAGUGCUACGCUGUGCUCACCUGGCCGCCAUGGAUGUUAAUGGUUUCUCGGAUCCCUAUGUAAAAAUAUAUCUGAAGCCAGAUGUAGAGAAGAAAUCCAAACACAAAACAGCAGUGAUUAAAAAGACCCUUAACCCGGAAUUCAAUGAGGAGUUCUUCUAUGAGAUCUCUCUAGCUGAACUGGUUCAUAAAACACUGGAGGUUACGGUUUGGGAUUAUGAUCUGGGAAGAUCAAAUGAUUUCAUAGGUGGUGUGUGCUUGAGCUGUCAGGUUCAAGGAGAUGCUCUUCGCCACUGGAUGGACUGCCUGAGGAACAAGGGUCAAAGGGUGGAGCGGUGGCACAUUCUGACCAAUGAGCUGCCUCAGACCACCUGCCACGACUGAGGAAGUGACCUGUCAGGAAUGAGCAAAUCAGUCACGAUAGGUCCAUCGAUUUGAUUGCUGUGAGGUGGACAUGAAGAUAAUGAAAUGAGCUGCGAGGUCCAAACAGGGGCCAAGAAGUAAAUUACAAUCUUUGUGCUGUUUCAAAUGAGGCUGGGGAUGGACAACCAGUUGUCUCUUGACUUGGUGUCACUCAAAGUGACUCGCCACCCCUUUCACACAUUUUUCUCUCUCUCUGCUGCAUGUUUUCUACAUAUUUUGCAACGUCAUGUCAGUGUAUUUUACUCGUGUGUAGCACACCUCUCAUUUUUGACUGACUGAUUGUGCAUUUUAAUGUUCAGUGCUUUCGUAAUGCUUGGAGACAGAAUUAAGACGCAUCUUGAUGCAGAACAUGGAGGUGCAUGUAAACUGCCUGCAGUAAACUCGUUACAAUGAUAAACACAUGCAGAGGCUCCUUGGGGGCCUGUGCUCACGAUAGUGUCAGUCAUAUUCGAACUGAAUACAAUUACAUGAAGAGAAGUUUUGUGUGUACCGCUAACAAACAGACUAUACAUUUUGUAGCAUGAUGCAAUGUUUACAUUUUUUACUUUGCGAACUGUGUUUACCAAGGUCUCAGAUUUGCCAGUUGUAAAUUUCCAUUUUCUUUAAAGAGAUUUUAUGGGCAUUUGAUAUCACAUACAUUAAGUAAUUGAUAUAUUUUUGGAAUCUAAUGUUUGUAUGUGCUAUAUACUAAGAUCACGGAGUGCGUCUGCAUGCGUGUGAGUGCUGUUCGGUUGUUUUGUACAAAAAAAAGUGUUGUA